AUGACAGACAAUGUCCAGUGUCCACAUCCUAGAGCAACCUGUAGAUCCUAUGCCAUUUUUGAUGCAACCAAGCUGCAACAUUGUUUUGAAGCAAAACAGAUGAAGCAUGAAUUCCCCCUUGCCAUGAAGAUAUCCUGCUACAGUUGUCCAUCUGCCAACAUUUACCCAUGCCACUGUGCAGGCUUUGUGGCAAACCCCAAAGAGAGCACUCCUACCUCCAAGGGAGGGGCAGAAUCACCAGAGACAAGAAGGAAAACCUUCUUCUUUGCCAAAAACUUCCUACUGCCUCCUCAGAGUGUGGAUCGUGCUUCCUUCAAGAUGACCCUCAUCCUGGGUUACACUGUGUUCCUUCUGCUAAUGAAUGACCUGUUGCCCGUCACAGGAAACACCUUACCUCUCAUAACAAACUGCUCUGACAUCACUGUCUAUGAGAACACAAUGACUGAUAUCCCAAAGCCAAAAUCAGAAUCUGGUCCAAUAAGUCUCCAGGAACAGUGUUUCGAGGAAAUGAGGAAGAUGAGUAAAGAUUUAUUGGCAAUCCGCCACCAGGUUGAAGAGCACUUCAGUAAUGACAACAGAACAGAUGAAUGGAUCCUCUUUGCAUCACCAUGUCUGAGCAUGCUUCGCUGCGAAGAUGGACAAAGCGGACCCACAUAUGAUUCUCUACAGGAAGUCAUUGACAGGAAAUCAUUCAGACCUUCUGUCAACCUCAGUGAUCCCACCAUCACCAACAUCUCCUUCACUCUGUACGCUAUAUUGGGAGUGAAUGAAAAAGCACAGAUUCUAACCACCUUCCUCUGGCUCAGACUGUACUGGUUUCAUGAGUUCCUAAUUUGGGAUCCAGAACGCUGUGAUGGAAUCACAAAAAUCUCCCUUCCCGUAAGAGAUCUCUGGAUGCCUGACAUUAUCGUUUAUGAAUUUGUGGAUGAUGACGUAUCUCAGGCUUGCCCUUACGUGUACGUGAACCACACAGGACACAUCCGCUACGAUAGGAUGUUGAGGCUGGUUAGCGCCUGUAAUCUACAGAUCUUCAGUUUCCCCUUCGACAUACAGAACUGCUCUUUCACCUUCGGCUCCUACAUGCACACCAUAAGGGAUGUCCGUGUCAGCCCUGCUCUGUCCUUUGAGGAGAUGACAGGGAACUCAAAGCGUUACUUGGCGGCCAGUGGAGAGUGGGAGCUGGUGGUAAUCUUGGGUGAUGCAGACAUUCUGACUUUCGGUAUAGACCAAUGGGACAUCAUCACUUUCUGGGUGGUGAUAAAGCGACGACCGAUACUAUAUGUGGUGAACCUGAUCAUUCCCAGCGCUUUCCUCAUGAUCAUUGAUAUCCUGUCCUUCUACCUGCCACCACACAGCGUGGACCGCUCCUCCUUCAAAAUGACCCUCAUUCUGGGCUACACAGUCUUUCUGCUCAUUAUGAACGACCUGCUGCCCAGCACUGCAAAUGGAACACCUUUAAUAGGUAUCUAUUUCUCGGUGUGUCUGGCGCUCAUGGUCAUUAGUCUACUGGAGACGGUCCUCAUCACCUGUGUUCUCCAUCAUAACAACAUGAAGUACAGGGAGGUGCCACACUGGGUAAAGGUGGUGGUGAUGAGGUUCAUUGCUAAACUCAUUUGCUACAGUUUUCCUGAUGACCCCCUGUCUAAACUUGGAGAGAAACAGGAUGAUCCCUGGGUCUUGAAACCCUCAGAGUCAACCUCCAAUCAACAGACAGCCAAUAACACCUCGGGAGCCAUGACACUGGAUAUGCCUGAACUCCGACAAAUUAGUAAGGAUCUUAGAGAGAUGCACUCAUAUUUGUGUAUUCUACGAAGGGAAGAUCAACUUCAGGACCAGUGGUGCCAUGUUGGCUACAUCCUGGACUUCCUACUGUUUCGCAUUUACCUUCUGAUAAUCACCGCCUAUGCACUAGUCAUCAUCUGCAUGUGGUGCAUUUGGAUGAACCCAUAG